AUGUCUGACUUGAUGAUUACCAAUCAGAGCGAACAAUUAAGUGACGAACUUAACUUUACUGCAUUCAUUGAUUUGUGUCGGUUUUGUUCGAUAAAGAGUGGGCCUCGGUUGAACAUCUUCGACAAGGAAGCAGAGCAGCGACAAAUAUUGUUCAAAAUUCGAACAAUUUUGCCGAUAGUGAUUAACAAGGAAGACUUCCUGCCGAAGAAAAUUUGCGAGCGGUGCGUCAACAAAAUUGAACAGUUCUUUGAAUGGCGUUCGAACUGCGUGCAAACCGAUGCCGUUCUUCGGAACUAUGCCGAUUCAAUGCGAGUGGUAACGGCAACCAUUAAUUUCCAGGACGGUACCGUAAAUAUCGAUAAAAUGACACCAGCACAAAAGAAUGCCUAUCUCGAGGCUCACAUGGCUGUACAACAGCAGAUGAUGCAAGCAGCCCAGCAGCUUCAUCAACAACAGCAGCAACAGCAACAACAACAACAACAACAGCAGCAGCAGCAGCAGCAGCAACAACAACAACAACAGCAACAGCAUCAACAGCAGCAGCAGCAGCAACAGCAUCUAUUGACUAUCCCAAGUCACCAUCUUCCAACACGUUCAGCGAAAAAAUCCAAAUUAAACAAUCACGAUAGUCAGCAUGUGCAAUUUCAACACCAACAGCAAGUCCAGCAGCACGUUGUUCAGGUACCACAGCAGCAGCAGCAACACCACAGUCAGCAACAGCCGAACAACAACUCGGUUUCUGUUACCGCAGCUACUGUUCCAAUCAGCAUAACUCAUUACGCGAAUACCAUCAAGGUGCCGCAGAUUAACACCAGCUCAAUAUCUACCUCCACAAAUACCAGCACCACGGGAGGGGAUAGCAGUACCUUCACUGUACCGGACGACGUCGGUAUGGGUUUUGAAGGUGGAGUACGCGUUCUUCAAAGUUUGGGGAAUUGGUCUCCGGAGAUUCCUCCGAAUAUUCCACGACCGAACUUAAUUCCAUUUACAGAGCCAUAUGCUGAAGGUGGAUCGAUGCACCCUGGCACGAGGUUGAAGGCACUGCAGCAGGUUCAACAAUCGUCGGCCAAAAAGAAUAGUACGAAACCCAAGAGCAGUAUCAACAGUAACAAUACGGGUCCACCGAAGCCGGUCUUUGAGUGUACAGUUUGUGGGAAGGGUUUAGCUAGAAAAGAUAAACUGACAAUCCAUAUGCGAAUACAUACAGGAGAAAAGCCGUACAUCUGCGAGGUUUGUGAUAGAGCAUUCGCACGGCGAGAUAAGCUGGUGAUUCAUAUGAACAAGUUCAAACAUGUCACUCCGACAAACAUCGCACCGUUGGGCAAGCGCCAAAACCGUACGCCAACCAUAGUUAAAAAGGAAGAACCAAAGAGCGAAGACAAUAAACCGAUUCUGAUUGACCAUCAUGCCUUAGCGACGCAAACUUUAACCACGGUAGUCAAUAGCAUUUCAGCUCAACAGCAACAGCAGCAGCAACAACAACAACAACACGGCCAAUCAUCAACGCAGCUGUCCCAGGUGCCUCCUCCCUCGCAAGGGCAGCAUGAACAACAACAGCAAACAAGCGGACCGCCCACCGCGGGGAUGAGCAUAUCGCAGCAGCAGCAGCAGCAACAACAACAACAUCACCAUCAACUUUCGUGGACCUGUGAACUGUGCGGUAGGAUGUUCCCCAGCCGGGAGGAAUGGACCUUACACGCCAAAAGUCACUUGGAAGUAAGUUAA